AGGGAGCUGGACAGGCUGGAGAGGGGGGUCCGUGUGAUCCUCAUGGAGCUCAACAAGGCCAAGGGCAUGGUCCUGCCCAUGGUGACAUCCAAACCAGGAUCAUCCACGGUACCCAACGCCACCCAGGCGGCGUCGCCGGCACAGACGCCAGCGCCGCAGCAGAACCUCCAGACGGCGCAGACGACUCAUUCCUUUCCUUCCGUCACCCCCGACCUCAUCGUCCAGACGCCGGUGAUGACGAUGGUGCCUCCUCAACCUCCCGCGCCGCCACCGCCGGCUCCUCAGGCUCCCGGGGCUCCCCAACCCAUCCAGCCUCACCCUCCCGUUAUCCCGACACCCGCCCAGCCCGUCAAGACAAAAAAAGGGGUGAAGAGGAAAGCGGACACCACGACACCGACCACCAUCGACCCGAUUCACGAAUCGUCAUCGCUACCCGCCGAACCCAAAUCCACCAAACUGGGGCCGCGGCGGGAGAGCAGCCGCCCGGUGAAGCCUCCAAAGAAAGACGUUCCGGACUCUCAACAACACGCCGUGGAAAAGAGCAGCAAAAUAUCGGAGCAGUUAAAAUACUGCGGCGGGAUCAUCAAAGAGAUGUUCGCCAAGAAACACGCCGCCUACGCGUGGCCGUUCUACAAACCCGUGGACGUGGAGGCGCUGGGACUGCACGACUAUUGCGACAUCAUUAAACAUCCCAUGGAUCUGAGCACAAUCAAAUCUAAACUGGAGAACCGGGAAUACCGAGAUGCUCAGGAAUUCGCGGCGGACGUACGAUUGAUGUUCUCCAACUGCUACAAGUACAACCCCGCCGACCACGAGGUGGUGGCCAUGGCGCGGAAGCUGCAGGACGUCUUCGAGAUGCGCUUUGCCAAGAUGCCGGAUGAACCGGAAGAACCUGUGAUUCCGGCUUCUUCUCCGGUGGUGGUACCACCUCCCACCAAGGUGGUUCCCCCUUCGUCCAGCGAUAGCAGCAGCGACAGCUCCUCCGACAGCGACAGCUCGUCGGAUGACUCCGAGGAAGAGCGAGCUCAGCGGUUAGCGGAGCUCCAGGAACAGCUCAAAGCGGUGCACGAGCAGCUCGCGGCCCUGUCCCAGCCCCAGCAGAACAAACCAAAGAAGAAAGAGAAGGACAAGAAGGAGAAGAAGAAGGAGAAGCACAAAAAGAAGGAAGAGCUGGAAGACGCCAAGAAGAGCAAAGCCAAGGAGCCGCCCUCCAAGAAGGCCAAGAAGAGCAACAGCAACAGCAGCACCUCCAGUAAGAAGGAACCUGUGCCGGUGAAGAGCAGCAAACCGCCUCCAGCCUACGAGUCCGAGGAGGAGGAGAAGUGCAAACCCAUGUCCUACGAGGAGAAGAGGCAGCUCAGCCUGGACAUUAACAAACUCCCCGGGGAAAAACUUGGCCGAGUCGUCCACAUCAUCCAGUCGCGGGAACCCUCGCUGAAGAACUCCAACCCCGACGAGAUCGAGAUCGACUUCGAGACGUUGAAACCAUCCACGUUGCGGGAGCUGGAGCGAUACGUGACGUCGUGCCUACGGAAGAAGAGGAAACCUCAAG